AUGACCUUCAUACCCCUCUCACCAUGCUGUCUCACCGGUAGCAGACUGACCGGAACACCCAGAGGGACGUGGGAACCCGUGAUACAAGGUGAAAGGAAAGUAGGGAGGUAUCAUACCAGACCAUCGAAAAUCGAGGGAGAUGAGAAUGGUAUAGCCAAAGUGGUAGAUGGUAAACUCGCUCUAGUUUUGUUGACAGAUGCAUUUGGAUUAUCACUUCCCAAUCCCAAGAUCAUGGCUGAUGCAUUUGCCGAUCAACUGAAAAUCAACGUGUUCGUCCCAGAAUAUAUCAUCGACCCUCCUCCUGUGGAAGUGUUCGACUCUGUCGCUCCUUUAUACCCCGACCAAUACGCCAGUCGAUCAUGGGCGAUGACAAUCUACCAGAUCGUCGAAGUAUUAUGGAAGACCUGGAGAUGGUUACCUAUGUUAUUAUUCCCCAAGAAACAAGUACCUCUAGCUCAGAGUGCAAUAAACGACCUAACCUCCGAGGGAUACACCUCGAUAGCGGUAGUGGGUUAUUGCAGGGGAGGAGCAAUGGUCCAACACCUCCUUUCCAAUCCCGUCAAUACCACCUUAGUCGGAGGGGUGAUCUGUCAUCCUUCACCAGAGAAGGAAACUUGGUCCAACAUAACUAAACCUACUUAUUGGCAUUUGGCAGAUCAUGAUCAGAUGUUCGGUGAGAAGGAUAUCAACAAACUUAGAGAGACAUUUGAGAAGAAGAAGGAUGAUCAGGGUGUGAAUUUUCAGUGUAAAGUACAUAAAGAUACUGUUCACGGGUUCGCAGCUAGACCUACAUUAGAUCAUGAGAAUACUAAAAUCGCAUUCGAAGAAUCCAACACGUCAGCUGUAGAGUUUUGCAAGAAGUAUUUGCUCGGAGUGGAUUGA